AUGUUUGGGCUUGGCCCUGUUACUUCUGCCGAACUUUGGAAGAACGGCCGUGACGAUAUGGACUUAGACAGAGGCCCUUGGCUGGAUUCUCUUGAAUAUGCUCACGCAAUGGUGAAGAAUGAAACGAAGUGGAUCCAUACUCACGCGAAUCCUCGAAUGAAUUACUGUCGGUCAAUGAAGGAACCCGAGCUUCCCGAUGAUGCUAUCUCGUUACUUUCGAGGUACAUUAAAGUUGCGCCUUAUCUGAUUCCGCAAGAAAAUGAAGGAAAGGCGAACGUUUUGUGGCAUCCUGACUUGCAUCUAGACAACAUUUUUGUUGACCCCACAACAUGUAAAAUCACCUGCAUAGUUGACUGGCAAGGCGCAGUUGUUUCUCCCCUGUUCUAUCGCUCUUGUGUACCAAGAAUGGUUCGGCAUAACGGAGCCGUUAGAGACGGCUGGGUUGUUCCCACUCGCCCAGAAAACUUUGACACACUUACCGACGACGAGAAAAAGAUUAUUGAUGCGAAUCUCGAAAGCGAAACCUUGCACAAGUUUUACGAGGCCAUGGUUCACAAACGAGCGCCUCGUCAUUGGGCCGUUCUGGCGCAGAUUGAUGACAUAAAAAUAAAGCGAAAUCCAACAUUGCUUAUCACUGGCAUGUGGGAAAAUCGAAACCUCUUCUACCUUCGACACAGUUUGUAUACAGUGGCAACUUUUUGGGAAAGAGUCCAGCCGGAUACAAACGUCGAGUGUCCAUUGGAAUUUACAAAAGAAGAAGGGGAACAACAUCUGGAAGAGGAUGAGAAGGUGACUGGAGUUGGUGAAAUGCUUCGAUUGUUUCGAGAUGGGAGAACGCUCCCUGAAGAUGGCAUGGUUGCCCCCGAAGACUAUGACGUUGCGACGAAGAACUGCGAAAAGUUCAAAAAGGCAUUCUUGGACUUGGCUACUAGCGAUGAAGAGCGAGAGCUUUUCUCCAAAAUCUGGCCAUAUCAGGAGCCGGAGCCAUGA